AUGAGACACUUGAGAGGACAAAUCACUGACGGCUUUGAUUCACUAGGCUCUGACGAAGGGUAUAACGCCAAAACGUUAACUAUUAAAAGAGAUCAGUACCAAUCAUGGCUAAAUUUGAAGCAAAUCAAUAAAAAAAGUUUGCAACGCGCCGGACGUCGACUGUUCAAGCGACUGUCUAGCAGUGAUAACAGGGAGAUGGUGGACGACGAAGCUGUUCCUAAUGAAGAUCAGAAACCGGACAUAAUAUCUCUGAUACGGGAACAAGAGCAUCUCCUAAAAGAGUCAUUUCAACCGAUUCCGGCCGUUUUUCUUCCUUCACAGCAAAGAGGACGUGACAUUGCCGUUUACAUUUUCCCGAAUAAUCAUGAAUUGUGUUAUGAAUGGCACUAUCAACUAGCACUGUCGGACAAUUGCACAUUAACAUACACGUGCUGCGGAUGUAAGGCACUAAAGACACGCGAACGUGAGAAAUACCCGCGACCGGUAGCAUCGUGUCGUAUCGUGAACGGCUUUUUCACCACCGAUCCGUUGAAUCCGGUUCGACCACAUUUUUGCGAACCGCGCAGCACGAGCAGGACUACUGCUCGACGCCUCAUCAUCGAACGACGUAGUGAACUAAGAGAUUCUGCAACUGGAAACCAACGACCAGCAUCGGUAGAACUACAAGAGCUUUCGAGUAGAAUCUCUUCAGAAAACUUGGGUGGCUUCUCAGCGGAUGAAAGGUUGGCGGUGAUUGAGCAGAUCACAUGUUCCAGUGAAAAUGUGCGACACAAUGCAAGAAGAAUGAUUCAGCGAGCGCAGCAACGUGCGAGACAAAAAGAUGUGAGACGUCAUAGAAGAAAGCGAUUCCGUUGUUCUUUAUGUGCAAGUUCUCGUGAUUUCCCAUGUGGUCGAAGGCCGCCGUUUAACCCUCAUCAUACUGCCGUCUUGCUGGCUGCACUCAUGCGCUACAGACAGCUGAGCGUUGAUUGUGCAAAGGAGGUGUACCAAACGUGUUUGCAGAAAAGGAAGAUGUUGUGCAAGGAACACUUUGUUGAAGCUGCUACAUCUUUGAUUACUGAGAUUAAAACCGCUACAACUGCACUUCCUGGAAAUGAUAUCGAUCUAAAUGCCCUUUAUAUGAGCGAAGGAAUGAUAAGUCCAGAACUUGUGAAGCAUUUGAAUACUGAAAGUGGAAGAUUUGAUUCCAAAGAGUGGAUCACUGCUAGGAGCGUCGCGUUUUUCUUAAAUGACACUAUGGCUUACUGUGUGGAUAGGAAUGUUGCCAACGAAGUGAAUGGCUGCCAUCUCUCUCUCGAUGAAUCUGGAAACGUGGAAGAGGAGGAGUGCAAUCUUCAGGCGACAGAUCUGCUUGAUAAACGAAAACCCAAAGAAGAAGCAGAACAGGGGCAGAAAAUCAUGGAGAUUUUGAGGAACUUGUCUGAAGAACGGUGUUCAGGUGUGGUGAAGCAAGAGCCUUAUGACGAAAUUGGGACUGGAAUUGGAGUUCCCACUCAUCCUCUCAUUCUCUCUCAGCAUUCGUUGCGAGGGAGUUCGAAAGAAACCAUCGGCAAGCUCGAGACCUGUGAUGCCCACGAGGAGGAAUUGAUGGACCAAUCGCCAGGAUCUUCGCUAUCAAGUUCUCAGUCGAGUCUUUCAGCAAGAGAAAGGAUGGAGGAUUCUUUCGAGGAUCAACUCUUUGUGGUUGAGGGCAGAAAGCUGCUCGAGUUGUUUCGAUACUGCCCCAUUUGUGGCACGGACAUGGAUGCUAGUGGCGGUUCAUUCCGCCUCACUGCUGUUGGCAAGGCUCCAGUCAAAAUCAAUGGAGCAAAAGUGAGGAGUCAAAGAGGAGCCAUCCCUUCUGAGAGUCUCUAUGUUCAGUGUUGCUGA